CACCUCCAAUUUCAUUUCCAACACCGACACAAAACCAAACCCAAACCCAAACGAAGAAGAGAGAGAGAGUGAGAGAGGGAUAUGGGUGCGGAUGCGGCUGCAGAAAUGAUCCCAUCAAUUGCUCUGACGAAUGAGGUGUUGAGUUUGGACAGAGAGAGCGAAGAAUGGAAAGCGGUGAUUAGAAAGGUGAGAGAGGCAUGCGAAACAUAUGGGUGCUUUUUCCUUAAGUACGAGAAUCUGACAUUAGAGCUUCAACAACUACUGUUCAAGACCACCGGCGAGAUGUUCGAUCUCCCAUUGGAGACCAAAUUGCAGUACAAAAAACCUACUCCUAGACAAGGCGGUUACGUGGUCAGCAACCCAUUUAUCCCUCUCUACGAGAGCUUUGGAGUCUAUGGUGAAGAAGAGGUUCGAGCUUUCGAGAAGCUUAUGUGGCCUCAAGGCAAUCCUCAAUUUUGCGAGGUUAUCAACUCCAUAAAUGCAAAGAUGCUCGAACUGAACCUCCAAAUUCAGAAAAUGAUUUUCGAGAGCUUUGGAAUCUUAGAGUACUACAAGGAGAAGGCACUAGAUGAGAACAUUAUUGGCAAUUUACGUGCCAUGAAGUACAGACUUCCUAAAGAGAAUGAAGAGCCUCUUGGUCUCGCGAUUCAUGUUGAUAAAACCAUCAUAACCAUUUUAUGUCAAAAUUCAGUGCAAGGUCUUGAGAUUCUCACUAAAGACGGAAAAUGGAUUACACUUGACGUUCCUAAGGGAGCCUUGGUAGUCUUUGUUGGCGAUGGGCUCCAGGCAUGGACCAAUGGAAGACUUGAAGCUGUGCAACACAGGGUGGUGAUGAGUGGUGAUCAAGAGAGGCUUUCGUGCGGAUUCUUUGCUAUUCCAGAGGAUGGAGUGAGUAUUGAGGUGCCUCCACAGCUUGUAGAUGAAGAACAUCCUCUCCGCUACCGAUCAUUCGUUUAUUCUGAGUAUCUUGCCAAAUACCUUGCCAAUACUAGGUUGGAUGCGCUCGAGAUUUAUGCCGGUGUUUGAUGAUUUGUGGCACUGAGGUUUCUCCUAUUUGGCUUUCCAGUGUCGGUACUAUGAACAUGUUUUGGACUUUAUUUAUCAUUCUGUUGGCGAGGAAACAGAGACGUUAUGUGGUUUCCAUCUCUAUAUUGUACUCGUUUUGUUUUUGUUUUUUGUUUUUAAUUUGAUAAAUAAUAAGCUCUCCAAAAGGGAUUGUGAUCCCUCAAUAUUACAUGUAAUGAAUUAUCUUUAUUACAUAAUCUAACGGUUAUGAAAGAUUAUCUUAGCAA